AUGGUUAUGCAGCUUUUGGUUCCUCUACUCCUUCUGUGCACCCGCUCGUCGUGUGCGUCCGACCGCUUGUUGCGCCUCGCAGCCAUGGGCGAGGAGGAGGUCGCCGCCCUGGUCGUGGACAACGGUAGCGGCAUGUGCAAGGCCGGCUUCGCGGGCGACGACGCGCCGCGCGCCGUGUUCCCCUCCAUCGUUGGCCGCCCGAAGAUGCCGGGCAUCAUGGUCGGCAUGGACCAGAAGGACAGCUAUGUUGGCGACGAGGCCCAGAGCAAGCGCGGCGUCCUCACCCUGAAGUACCCCAUCGAGCACGGCAUCGUGACCAAUUGGGACGACAUGGAGAAGAUCUGGCACCACACCUUCUACAACGAGCUCCGCGUGGCCCCAGAGGAGCACCCGGUGCUCCUCACGGAGGCUCCCCUAAACCCCAAGGCGAACCGCGAGCGCAUGACGCAGAUCAUGUUCGAGACGUUCAACGUGCCUGCGAUGUACGUCGCGAUCCAGGCAGUGCUCUCGCUCUACGCCUCCGGCCGCACCACUGGGAUCGUCAUGGAUUCUGGCGACGGCGUGUCGCACACCGUCCCCAUCUACGAGGGCUACGCGCUGCCGCACGCGAUCCUGCGUCUGGACCUGGCAGGGCGCGAUCUCACGGAGUACCUGAUGAAGAUCCUCACCGAGCGCGGCUACUCCUUCACCACCACAGCUGAGCGGGAGAUCGUGCGCGACGUCAAGGAGAAGCUCUGCUACAUCGCGCUUGACUUCGACACCGAGAUGAAGGCCGCUACGGAGAGCUCCGACAAGGAGAAGACGUACGAGCUUCCUGACGGAAACAUCAUCACUGUGGGCAGCGAGCGUUUCCGUUGCCCCGAGGUGCUCUUCCAGCCUAGCUUCGUUGGCAAGGAAGCUAGCGGCAUCCACGACACCACCUUCCAGUCGAUCAUGAAGUGUGACGUCGACAUCCGCAAGGAUCUGUACGCCAACGUUGUCCUGUCCGGUGGCACGACAAUGUUCCCAGGCAUCGGCGAGCGCAUGACCAAGGAUGGACUGACGGCGCUGGCGCCCUCCACGAUGAAGAUCAAGGUCGUGGCUCCGCCCGAGCGCAAGUACUCUGUGUGGAUCGGUGGGUCCAUCCUUUCCUCGCUGAGUACUUUCCAGCAGAUGUGGAUCUCCAAGGGCGAGUAUGACGAGUCGGGCCCCACCAUUGUGCACAGAAAAUGCUUCUGA